UGAGUCUUCAAUACCCGAGUAACUCAUCUGUAUCCUUCCGUGUCGGAAGAGAGAAAAAUUGUUUGCGUGAAGUUUUCAAUGAGACGAACGUAAAAAUGUUGUUAACAAAAUACUGGAGCAUUGAUUUGCUCCUGGGUUUCGGGGUUCUAGUGGUCCUGGCAUAUCUAUACAUGGGCAGAAGAUUCAACUACUGGAAAAAACAGGGAGUGAUGCAACCGGAGCCGACCCCCUUCAUUGGCAACUUUGGCGACUGUCUGAAGAUGAAGAAGAGCGCUGGAGAGUGGCUGCAGGAUCUGUACAACUGGGGCGCUGGUCUCCCUUACAUCGGGUUCUACGUCUUUGACCAGCCGUUCUUGCUCGCUCGCGAUCCCGAGUUGAUCAAGAAUAUCCUCGUGAAGGACUUCAACUACUUCCAGGACAGGUUCGUCCAGACGAGCCCCGAGGAUCGUCUGGGGGACGCCAAUCUGUUUCUCAUUAAGAAUCCAGCGUGGAAGUACCUGAGGUCCAAGAUCACGCCGAUCUACACGUCUGGGAGGCUGAAGAAGAUGUUCGACCUGAUGACGGAAGUCGCUGAUGACCUUGAUACGCAUAUGGCGACGCUCCCUUGGAAUGGGGAUAGUAUCACCAUGGAGCUCAAAGAACUCUGCGCCAAGUACACGACAGAUCUAAUCGCCACCACCGCCUUCGGCCUCAAAGUCAACUCCCUCAACAAUCCGGACGCGGAAUUCCGGAAACGUGGACGCGAAAUAUUCAACUUCACUUUUUUCAGAAAUAUCGAAGUGACGAGUAUGUUUUUCGCUCCGCACCUGGCUAAGCCACUCAAGUUCAAGUUCUUCUCGCCGGAUAAUUCAAACUUCCUGAGAACAGCGGUAUGGGAUACACUCAACGAGAGGGAACGCUCGGGGACCAAGAGGGGCGAUCUCAUUGAUCUGCUUCUCGAGUUGAAGAAGACUCAGACACCCGGGCCUGAGAAAGAAUUGUUCGAUUUCGAUGGAGAUAAUGUAGUGGCUCAAGCAGCAGUAUUUUUCACUGCUGGCUAUGAGACGUCAGGAACAACUCUGAGCUUUACACUUUAUGAAUUAGCUGUUCAUCAAGAUGUGCAAACAAAAGCGAGAACUGAAAUUCUAACAGCGCUUCAGAAGACCAAGGGAGAGAUAACGUAUGAUAUGGUAUUGGAUUUAGCAUAUUUAGACAUGGUUGUCUCCGAGACCCUCCGGAAGUACCCGCCACUACCAGUGCUAGAUCGAGUGGCGUCGCAGGAUUACAAAGUUCCAAACUCUAAGUUAGUUCUAAAAAAAGGAACCCCCGUUUAUAUCUCCGUAUUUGGAACUCACUACGACCCUCAGUAUUUCCCUAACCCCCUAAAAUAUGACCCCGAGCGGUUCACCGCGGAGAAUAAGAAAGCGAGACCUUCUGGAGUUUAUCUGCCCUUCGGCGAUGGUCCUCAUGCUUGUAUUGGUCUGAGAAUUGGUCUUCUACAAGUGAAGCUGGGUCUCAUCGAAUUACUGAGGAAAUUCGAAUUUUCGCCAUGUGCGCAAACCCUCAUUCCCAUGCGACUGAACCCGAAAGCACUGAUCACAGCAGCAGACGGUGGAAUUUUCUUGAAUGUGCGAAAGAUCUCAGCAAAUUAAUGUAAAGAAUUAGGGAUGAGAGAAUUAUUAAUUUGUUAACUGUGUGGACUAAAGUAUUCAAUAAAAAGGAUGAACAUGGAUGAAAAUA